GAAAGUAUGAUACUUUUUUUGGAAUUAUUGUUAAUUAAUUAAUUAAUUAAAAGUAUUUACCAAAAUACUGCUGGUUUAACCAGGGUUGGGUAAAGUCGCCCAACGGUUGGGCGACUUAUAAGUCGCCAAACCGUUUGGCGACUUCGUCCAACCGUUGGACGACUUUCCCUUAAGUAAAAAUCGGGACACGCCCCAAAACAGAACCCUGCGUAAACAUCACUCCCCAAAUCCCCCAAGGCGCACCGACGACAGACGAAGGAAGAAGACGACCGAGCUCGUAUCCAACUCCGGCGAACCUCCAUUUCCGGUCUCCCCACUCCGGCAAACCUUCACCUUCUUCUGCAACACUCCUUCUUCUUUCUUCUAGAAUAUGGAUUUCUCAAGCUUCCCAAUCAUAUGUCAUUGGGGAGGAAACUAUUAUGAGGAUGCUGGCCAAAUAUGCCUUGAAGGUGGUAGAACCAGCUUUGUCAUGGUUUCUCGUGGCGCUUGCAUGAUGGAGAUCCUUCAAAAAAUACAUGCAGCCACAAUGAUUCAUCCUAGCCGUUCUUUGCGGUUGAAAAUGAAAUUUCCCAUGAACGGGGGAAAGUACAUGCUUAUGCCCCUCAUUGAUGAGCUAGCUAUAACAAAUAUGUGGGGCAUAACUCAGAUGGAAGAUAUGUCGACGUUUGAGCUAUACAUUGAGGAAUCCUGUGACGCCUAUGGUACUCAAUCAACAUCAAAUGCUGUCGUAUCUACGUAUGAUGUGGGAAAGGAGAGCUGAGCUAGUUGUGGCCGGGACACCGACAUAUGUGCCAUCUGUUUCAGGAGACUACAUGGGAUGGUAUUACAGCAUCACUCGUUUGUUUGUGUCUCCUUCGUUCAGACUCCCUACUCAUCAUUAUCAGCCUAGUUCCUUAGCUUUGCAUCUUACGACACGAGCUUUGCAGCGCAUACAUCAGCGGGCUACUGCCACAGUGACUGAUAGUCCUGAUGUGGACUUGUAUGGACAGGCUCUCACAGGCAUUGUGUCCAUGUGUUCUGAUGUGUUGGGGCGAGUCGACUACGGCCAUCUUAUACACAUGCCCCCAUCUCAGGAGAUGCCAUCCACGUCUAGUGCAGCGGCGGCUUCAUCAUCCCAGACGCAGCAUGAGAGUGGUUCUUCAAUCACGACAACGGCGUAGGCGUAGCCAGGAGCAGCAACAUCUCCAUGACGAAGCUAACGAUGGG